GCUCAAUUUGGAUGUGUAGAAGCGAAAAAAAUUGUUGGUGGCCCGUGCUACAAUUCGAUAUCGACAAAUUUACCUUCGGGGUGGUGUUUUAGAUCAACUCUCUUAAUGUUAAAACUGUUAUAGGAAGUUGUCGCGUAAAAUGGGGGAGCAACCAAUUUUCACUUGCAACGCUCAUGUGUUCCACAUAGAUCCCAAAACCAAACGCACUUGGAUAACCGCAAGUUCGAAGGCCAUCGCCGUUAGUUUCUUCUAUGAUUCCUCUCGUAAUCUCUACAGAAUUAUCAGUGUGGAAGGGAGUAAGGCUGUUAUCAAUUCAACUAUUACUCCGAAUAUGACCUUUACCCAAACGUCCCAAAAGUUUGGACAAUGGAGUGAUGUUCGUGCCAAUACAGUUUACGGGCUUGGGUUUGCAUCAGAAGCCGAGCUUGGUAAGUUCAUAGUAAAGUUUCAGGAAGUGAAGGAGGCCACGAAGGAUGCCCUCAACAAGGCAUCGGCAAACGGUAACUCGGCUGCAGCAUCUGCAAACGCAUCGCCUAUAACGGCCCGUGCAUCGGCCAAUAGUGGCGAUAUCUUUGAAUCCGGAAACUUGGAACCACCACUGGCACCGGCAAGCAGCAUUUCAACGAGUUGUAAAACGGACAGUCCAUCGCAUAACAAUAUCACUGAGACGAAUGCUAACAAUCUGAAUAAUGAACUGAAGCAAUUGUCAAUUAACAAUGCAACAUCGAACGAUGGCACAGUAACUUCGACAUCGGAGCAACAACUAAAAUACGAGAACGAAAGAUUGAAGCUUGCCCUAGCACAAAGUUCUGCUAACGCAAAAAAGUGGGAGAUCGAAUUGGCAACAUUGAAAAGUAAUAAUCUUCGAUUAACGAGCGCUUUGCAGGAAUCCACAGCGAACGUCGAUGAGUGGAAACGGCAGCUACACUCGUACAAGGAAGAAAAUCAAAGAUUAAAAUUACGCUACCAAGAUUUGGAGGCGGGUAAAGGUGGUGUUGUACCGACGGCAGGUGGUGCCAAUGCUGCCGGUUUAGCUUCAAAUGAGCUAACAGAAGAACUACGGCGCGAGAUUGUAUCGCUAAAAUCCAGGAUUGAGGGACUAGAGGCAGAACUAAUGAAUCAGGAGAUGGAACUGAAGGCAGCAAACAAGACGCUCAAAGAUAAGCAAAACGAUCCUACCCUUAAACAGAUGACAAAUCUGUGCAGUCAGUUCAAUGCACAAAUAACUGAACUUAGCGGUAUUCACAAGGAGAUGGAAAAGCUGAUUCAGGCGCAGCACAAAUCUACUUGAGAUAUGAAUGUGCCAAAAGCAACAUCGGUGGCCAUUAGUAGUUCAACCGUAGAAUCUCAAUCCUCGACAACGCUCGAAGGCGGUCGUAAUGCGAGCAUGAAGUUUGCAUCUCUUCCAGGUAAAGGUGUAGCUACAACUAAUAGUAUUUCCAACUACCGUACCGAUAAAAAGAUACCACCAAUAGGAAAGUUAGAGUAUGUCGCUGACAAGCAGCAAGAAGCAACCAGCACCCUUCCUAUAGCAAAUAUGGCAGCAAAAGAAUCAGUAUCAUCGGACAAACAGUCCCAAAUUAUCCCGGCGUUGACUGGUGGAACCAGAGCAGGGUCCACUAUUGUUUUAAUCAGCACAAAAAUAAGCAACCCGUCUACUACCGCGAAAAUGGGUUCAGGAACAGCGGGGGCAAUGAUAAAAACGACAGGAACGUUGUACAACAUUCCUUCCACAUCCCCUGCCGAUCACAGCGACACACGAAGGCUGUCGGCGAUUUGUCAAGAAACGGCCAAAGUUACUGGUGAAGAGAUUAACGGGCAGUCCGAGACUCAAUCCACCAGUAAAACCGCAACCAUACUGGUUUCGAAGCACAAGACCAAGACCGGACUACCUUUGCUAUUGAAAAAAUCAAAAAAGUAACAAAAUGAUUCUCGAAUACCGGCAAGAUUAGCGUUUUGUGCCUAAUCUUGCAAAACUGAUAGUUUGCCGGAUAAUUUAAAAUGCACAUCACUUAUGCUUUUUUUAUUUUAAAUUUCGGUAACAGUUCAAAUGUUGCCCUAUAGCAAAAUGCAGUUUUAAUUGAUUAGGUUUAUUUUGAAAGCGAUUUUUAUUAUUUUUACAAAUUAUGAACGCAAGUAUUGCUAUGAAGCAGUUUGAUUAAACGAUGCACUCAGCGCAGAUUUGAUGCAAUACGUUAUUCGUCGCAUAAACGCUACAGACGAUGUUUGGGACUGUGCAAAUUUCGCUGUAGAAACUUAUCGCUAAUUAUCUCAAAAAUGGAAACGUAUCCUACAAAUGUGGUUAGGAAGGAAAGUAGAACGCUCAUCCCAAGUGCAAAUUUUAAAGUAUUUUAAUUUUAACAAACAUGGUUUUAAGCGAUACAUUAAGCAAAGCAUUUUAUUUUGCCACUAUUUUACAUACCGCACAAAACGUAAAGAAUAGCACAACAGUUUUUUUACGACCAUCACUACAUUCCACAAAAGCCAUGAUAAUUGCCAAUACUUUACAAAUAUUUUAUGGAGCAUUCCAAAACAUUCUGCACGCAGACUUUUUACACGUAAAUCUCAAACGACAAAACUGAUCUGACAAGCUUAAUUUCCAUUUACUGCCUUAAUAUAUGUGGAUCAAUAUAAAAAAUCAUGUAGUACCGUUAAAAAAACACCAAAGAUGUUUAUGUUAAGUCUUUUUUUUUAAUGAAAAACCACAUUAUCCCACUGUUGGUUACGUUGGCAAUCCGGAUCAAAGUUUGCCGAAUGCUUACAUCAAAUUAAUGAUUUUAGUUAGUAGUUUUUUUUAUUGUUUCAUUUAUGCAUGCAACAUCCACAGACCACGUAACGCUACUGACAAAUCCUCCUCGUAAAUCGCCAAUACGUUUUAAAACCCCGAGGGAAAAGGUAUAUAAUAGCGAAAUGAUGAUCAAAAUGUAGAUGAUAGUGAUACUAAAGAAAAGUAUAGCAAAAGAAAUACUGAGAACGUGUGGGGGAGACGAAGCAAGAAAGUGCUAUAUGAAAAAAAUCGUUAAGCAAGGAACAGUAUUUGAACAUAGAAUUUAAUAGUACAGAGCGAUCGAACGCGAUUGAAGAGGUACAAGAGUAGGAAAAAGCUAUAGCAGUUGUUAAAAUCAUACACUCCACUCUUGCGUACGUAAAUCUAAUAGAAGUUCUGCCUAUUACUGUGGUACAAUUUAUCCAUUUAUUACUAACUAAUCUUAUGAUGAUACACGGAUCUGAUAAGCCCGGUAUUGCUUAGAAGCUUGCCACUCCACAAAGCUACAAAGCUCAUACCAAACCAGCACGUUUGGCGUAUGGGAUGUUGUAUUUUAGUGGAUCUGCAUAUUACAAUGAAAGAAUGAAGAAUCCCUGUGUAACUCUAUCAGCAUAUAAUACAUUUGGAGAACAUACGCAUGGCAGCGCAGCUCAACUGCGAUGGAAAUCUAUUGUUCAGUUACGAUGCUUUCUUUCCGAACGGUAUUUAUCCUAACAUUUGGACAGGAUCCUAGUAUGUAUCGGCCUCUUUAGAAUUUCAUGCGAAAGGUCAUGUCUUCUUUGGGAAAAAAGUAUUGCUGCUAAUUAGAUGUUUGCAAUGUCUAGAUCAUACAGUCAGUUCGACAAGCAUGGAAAGUUGAGUGUUGAUCAAAUGGUUCCAUUUAUACGGUAUUACUUAGUGGAAUGUGAAUCUGAAUGGAAAGGAUUUCUUGAGCAUAUUAGCAAAACAAAAAAAAGAAGAAAAAAAGCACAA